AUGGCUACUUAUACAAGUCUUGUUCUUCGUCCCCUAGAGCUCAAACUACCCAGAGGCAACCCUUUCAUGGCUGCCAAUUUCAAGACAGCCACAAUCGCUGCCAAGACAAGAGUUAAUAUGAGACCACUAAAUCCAAUUCCACCAUUUAUAGGCUUGAGUAGUACUAGAAGAACCGCGGUCUCCAUCUCCAAAUCCUCUCCCUCCUCCACUCUCACUGAUGAUGGUAAUUGCAAUGGUAACCCCUGCCUUGACCUCUUCCUCAACUUCCGAGAUGCGGAGAAGGCCGGCGCCGGCCGUGAGGAGGAUACGUUCCGCACCGUGACGUUUUGGCUACACAAUAACCACCCCAAGACCCUAGCGCGCAACGUCGUACCUAUUGCCGGGCUUUUCUUGUAUUUCCUUCAAUUUUGCUUUUUACUGCGUCCGCAUCUCGAUCUAGAAGAGGAACGCCAAUCUAAAUUAGUUGGAGACAUCACGCUGAUUGCGUAUCAAAGGGCGCAUGACAUAGAAGGCCAAGACGUGAGCCAGCAAAAGGCGGCUGUCGUCGAGAGCAAACCUAAUGAUGAUCAAGACAACUGGUGGAAGAUAACCUCGGCUGCAGACAGUUGCCUUUCCUUGAGCAACAACUUUAGCGACUCCGCUCUGCUGCUCCAAAGCAUAGCGAGAAAGGUUUUCCCGCGAGAAUCAUACCCUGAAUACCAAGGUGUUGAGGAGGCCGAGUAUGCAGACUCUGUCCUAGACCGGCUGACAAAGGAGGUAUUGCUGCCUAUGGACAAGUUGGACGAGGCCUACAAAUGUGAUGAUAGUACGGAUGAUACAUAUUUGGAGAAGUUGAAAGCCCGCCAGAAGUAUUGGGAGAACUUGAAAGCCGACAAGUCCAAAAUUGAAGCAGAUGCUUUGCUUCCGCAUCAAAUAUUAAGCUAUGUGAAUCAUUGGAAUUUCGCGCAAGUGGCUGAGCUUCAGUGGAAGGCCAUGGUGGAGGGUAUAAAAAAGCAAGGCAAAUUAAACGGCAAGAAGAUACUCAACAACUGCUUGGCUUUAUGCGACGUUGCCUCCAUGCUAGACAUCGAUAUGCAAAACCUGGACGUGUCUGUGGGUUUGACACUUUUGAUGUCUGAACUGAAUGAAGAACCUUGGAAAGGAAAGGUUAUCGAUUUCAGUGAGUCACCUCAGCUGCAUCUGAUAAAAGGCGAUGAACUUAAGCACAGGUAUGAUUUUUUGACUAGGAGGAUGGCCUGCGAGAGCAGCUGGAAGCUUAAGGUUAAUUUUCAGAAGGUGUUCGAUUUGAUUCUGGAAGAGGCUGUGAAUGUGAAUUUGAAGCCAGAGCAGAUGAUCAAGAAGAUGUUUGUCUUCCCCGGAAGCCCAUACUUUAAUAAUAGUUGGACCAAGUCUGAAGAUAAGGAUUCAGAUAAUAGUUGGAAGACUAUGUAUGAGGGAAUACAGAGAAAGUUUAAGGAGAAUGGGUAUGAUAAUGCGGUGCCACAAAUUGUCAAUUGGAAAAUCUCGGACUACGAGCCAAGGAAGUGGAUGGUGCCUUCUACAAAACCAGGGGUGACCAUGCUGGAUAAUUACUCCGACGAUUUGCUGAAGUUGUACUUCUUGGAUAAUGGAGGGGAAAUUAUCCCAGAGCUUAGCAUGGAAGCAGCCAUCUCAGGGGAAGAGUAUCAGAAGCUGGUUGUAGUGGACUGA